ACCAUGGAGGAACUCCAGAGAAAACUUAACCAGCGCUAUGAAGGCACCAAGCCCAGAAAGGUGAGAUUCAAGCUGGCGUCGUCCUACAGUGGUCGCGUGCUGAAGCAUGUGUAUGAGGACGGCCAGGAGCUGGACAGUCCCGAGGAGAAAUACCCGCACAGCUUCGUCCACAGGAAGAUCCCCAGCCACCUGGAGAUGGAGCAGCUCUGUGGGUUCCAGGACGCUCAGGGGGAGCAGAAGGCGGACUAUCCUCCAACCGGGCUCAUUGCCCAGAGAAUCAACGUGUACAGAGGAGUGGGAGGAUACAAGCCGACCGUCGGCCUGACAGAGGAAGCGGAGGGAGAUGCAAAAUCUCAAGUGUUGGACUUUGGCAAGAUCAUCAUCUACACCAGCAAUCUGCGCAUCAUCAGAGCGCCACCGCGGACCCCUGAAGCACCGCGGCAGCAGAUCGAGCCCCGUGUGGACAUGGAGGGACGCCCUAAGGCCAGGGAGAGGACGAGCAGGAGGAGAGCCAAGUCUCCUCGUGCGCAAGACGGGAAGGAGACAGAGCAGAGACAGAUCAGUAACACGGAGACCAAGGAGGCUGACAGCUGCCAGCAUUGUGGCGGCUCGGGCUGCUCUCCCUGCUCCCUGUGUCACGGCAGCAAGCUGUCUAUGCUGGCAAACCGCUUCAAUGAGUCCAUCAGUGAUCUGCGGUGCCAAGCCUGCUACCCCCAUGGUCUGGAGAGGUGCCAGUCCUGCGCCGGCAAAUAG